AUGAACGAUCUUUAUGAAGAACUCAAAAUUUUAAAAAAUUGCCGUAGGGAAAAUCUCAUAAGCGAAGAUGAAUUAUCUGAGAUGCGUUCUCUAAUAAUGAAUAAAUGUAAAGAAGCUCUUAAAACUGCAGAAAAACUAGAAUCAUUUUGGCGAAAAAUGUAUAAUAUGGCAGCUUCACUUGGCAAUCGCUUCAUACAAGGCAUAAUUCUUCCACUAAUUAAUAAAGUGAAAUCAAUCACUUAUGGUAAUAGUGGUAGUAAUAAUAGUGGUA